AUGAAAACUAUUCAUGCCCAUAAAAGACCAACUAUACAAAAUUAUGGUAAUUUUCAACCUGUUCAGGAUGCUGAAGCAUUAAGAAAUGCCAUGAAAGGUUUUGGAACAAAUGAAGAUUCUAUUAUAAGAAUUUUAUGUAAAAGAUCUAAUUAUCAAAGACAGGAGAUUGCUGAAACAUACAAAAAUCAUUUUGGAAGAGAUCUUAUAAGUGAUCUUAAAAGUGAAUUAAGAAGUGAUUUUGAAGAUUUGAUUGUUGCUUUGAUGAUACCAAAAGUUGAAUAUGAUGUUGUGGAACUUCAUAAAGCAAUCUCUGGUUUGGGAACUGAUGAAAAUGUUUUAGUUGAUAUUUUAUGUUCUAGAAAUAAUGAAGAAUUGUAUAAAAUUAAGACAGUCUACCGACAAAAAUAUGGAAGAGAUCUUGAAAGUGAUAUUAUUAAUGAUACCUCAGGAUAUUUUCAAAAUAUUCUUGUUGCUAUUCUCCAGGGACAAAGACCUGACUGUACUGAUGAGAAUCACCUUUCAGCAAAUAAAGAUGCCCGUAAUUUAUAUAGAGCAGGAGAACAAAAACUUGGAACAGAUGAAUCUAGUUUUAUACAAAUUCUUGCAACAAGAUCAUACUGUCAAUUAGAUAAUAUUUUUAGAGAAUAUGAAUUAAUUUCUAAUCAUUCAAUUGAAAAAGCAAUUGAAAAUGAAUUUUCUGGUGAUUUAAAAAAUGCUAUUCUUUCUAUUGUAUCUGUAGCCAGAAAUACUCCUGAAUAUUUUGCGACAUCUCUUUACAAUUCAAUGAAAGGAUUGGGAACAAAAGAUAAAACUUUAAUUAGAAUUAUUGUUUCAAGAAGUGAAAUUGAUUUAAAAGAUAUUGCUUUGGCAUAUGAAAAAAAAUAUGGAGUUACUUUGGCUGAUGCUAUUAAAGGAGAAACUAGUGGACAUUAUAAAAAUGCUCUUUUAUCAAUAUUAUCUGGAAAUUAA